AUGGAUAUUUCAGAGCCAGAGCUAUCGUCAAUUGAUUUAGAAGAAGUCAAUCACUCUUUAGUAAUUGAUGAUGGAAAAAUAGUUUACCAGCCAAUAAGGCUAAAAAAAGUAUAUGAGGAAUCUAAAGAAGGCAGCUUAAAGCAAACUAAAUUGAAAACGGCGAACGGUCUCGACCCAAUUAGCCCAAAUGACUCGUUUAAAAGCAAUAUUUUGUCGAGUUUAUUAAAUAAAGAAAAUGAGACAAAAUUUUUAAUUUUUAUUUCCAUGUAUAACGAAGAUCUCUCAAUGCUCGAAAAAACGCUAUCAGGGAUAAUUUCAAACUUCAAAUAUCUUAAAAAGGUAAGAGUUGAGCCUAUAAAUCUUGCGUGUGUAGUUAUAGCAGAUGGAAUGAAAGCCUUUUACUCCAAACAUAAAAAUGCUAACAAUCAGGGAGAAAAUAGUUCACAGUCUAAAAGCAAAUUUUUUAAUUUUGAAGAAAUAAAAAGAGCAUUUCCGCUAGCUUAUGAUGACCUAUCGAACUGCAGAUUUGCAGGCCAAACCAAUGAUGAUGAGUUUGCACAUACAUUUACGCAAAACUUUGUAUUCCCUGAAAAUCCAGAUGAAGAACUCCAAUUAAUAUUUUGCAUAAAGCAAGAAAACAGGCGAAAAUUAAAUUCGCAUUUUUGGUUCCUGCAUGGCUUCUGCAAAAUGAUUGAUCCUAAAUUUGUCCAGUUUUUAGAUGUUGGCACUAUUCCUAAUGAAAAUGCUUUAGUAUAUUUAUAUCAAGCAUUACUAAAUGAUGAAAGAAUAGCAGGCUGCUGUGGGGAAAUCGUACCUAUUUAUACAGGGUGGAAAAAUUUAGUAGUAAAUGCGCAGAUUGUGGAGUAUAAGUUUUCACAUACUUUUGAAAAGAGCUUUGAAAGCAUUUUUGGGUAUGUUUCGGUGCUUCCAGGGGCGUUUAGUGCUUAUAGAUGGGAAGCUUUACAAGGUCCGCCAAUAGAAGAGGAUUAUUUUAAACCAAUUUUGAAACCUGAACUAAUGAACCCUUACGAAUCAAAUGUAUAUUUGGCUGAGGAUAGGGUUUUGUGUCUUUCUUUAGUAUCGAAAAAAAUUGCGAAACCACAAAAAAGUUAUUUAUUAACUCCCAUCAGCCAAUAAAGAUCAGAGCUUUUGUUUUAAUAAAAUUAAAUAGUGAUUUUACUUUCAGAAAAAUGAAAAGAUUUUCGCCAUUGACUUCAAUUUGCGGAGUAAGGUAUAUAAGAAGAGCUAUUGCAGAAACUGAUGCCCCGGAUACUUUGGGAGGACUAAUCUCUCAAAGACGAAGAUGAAUUAAUGGUUCCUGGUUUGCAGUACUGCAUUUCUUCAGUAGUUUUGAAAAGAUUUUCCUAUCAAAUCACCAUUGAUUCAGAAAAUUCAUAUUCUUUCUUCAAUUACUCUAUUUUGGAGCAACCACUGUUUUCCAGUGGUUUCUUAUAGGCUCUUUUUUCCUUGUAUUCGCUUUUACAGUAAGAAAUAUCCCUAACUCUUCACUAAACAGUGAGAGUGAUUUAUUUACCCCACAAAACGUAAUAAUAAUAGUCUACAUGUCUAUUUUGCUAAUGACCUUAUUAACUUCUCUCGGCACAAGACCUCAAAAAAUCCCUGGACUGUUAUACACAAUCACCACUAUUUAUGGAAUUUAUAUGAUUUUUAUAAUGGCUUUGGUUAUAAUGUAUUUGUAUGAUCACGAUUUUUUCUCAACGUGAGUCUAUAUCUUAUCUGUCCUUACAGCUGCUACUUUUAUCAUUAAUAUCGCCAUUAAUUGGUCAUUUAAAUCAAUUUUGAGAGGCAUUAUUCAAUAUAUAUUCUUAACCCCUACAUAUGUCAAUGUUUUUCUUAUGCAUGCAAUGUGCAACUUGCAUGACUGCACAUGGGGCACAAGACCUGAUAAUCCAACUGAACAAGAAAGAGAAAAUGAAGAAGAUUUUAAAAUUUUCAGGACUUAUUGGCUAAUGAUUUGGGUCUUCACAAAUGCUGGCUUUGCCUAUGCUUUGAACUUUUUAAAUAAAAACAAGAAAGGAGAAGGCUACGUGUAUGCAAUGGCGGCGACUGGGUUUUUUAUUUUACUGCUGAGAUUUUUAGGGGGGAUUUUUUAUAUGAUUCAAGAAUGCUUUUAUGAUAGAAAAAUAUUAAAAUUCCCUAUAAAGAAAAUUCAAAGCAAAGAUAAUAGCGCUGCUGAUGAAGAAAAAAUAAUGAAAAUCGAGACAGCAAGCUAUGGGAACUCUUUUAAAGAUCACUCAUUAAGCCAAAGUUCAAGCCCUAUUUUGAAUAGGUCCGUAUAUUAUGGAAAAGCAUUAAGCGUAGGAAAUAAUUCAAUGGUUGCAGAUCAUGAGCAAUCAUUAGAUUUUAUGUUGUCCAAAAGCUGCAAUGAUGUUGAAGAAGGAAUUGGCUUUGCAGCUAAAAUAAGAAAUAUGAAGCUUCGUCAAUCAGGAAUCAUGGUAGAUAAAGUCUAA